AUGCCCGACACGACUUUGAUGACGACAACUUCUUUUUUGAUAUUUUUUCCUUCUCAGGCCAGCCCCGCUAUGUUUUACGCGGAUAGGUCACUAGGGUCACACAGGGUGCCCUUCCACAGGAGGACCAUCAUGAACCACCAGAAGAUGAUCCGCCUUGGGAAGGGCCACAUGCGAAAAGUGCAAGCGGGUUUGGGCAUUUUCUCACCAACGCAUUAUCUUCCACUGUAUCAGUAUUUGCGACGCCAGACUCGCCGACUCCUCCACAGGUCUCGGAACAUGGUCAGCGUCGAAGGGAUGCGUUGUUUCAAGGGCAGCAUUCAUGAUCACCACCAAAAGUUCAAGAACGCAAGGGCAAAGGCAAGAGCAAUCCGGAACCAGGACAACGGCGUGUAA